AUGUCCAAUACCGAGGUGCUCCUCGCCGGCCCGGGCAGUGUCGGCGGCGGCGAGCGCCUGAGCAUCGACGACGCGCUGGCGCUGCACGCGGGGGAGUUCGGGCGGUGGCAGCUACGGCACUUCCUGCUGGUGACGGCGGCGUGGAUUCUGGAGGCGAUGCACACCAUGGUCAUGAUCUUCGCCGACCGCGAGCCGGCCAUGUCGUGCCCCGCGGGGGACGGGCGGUGCGGCGACCGCUGCGCGGGCGCCGCGGCCGGGUGGCAGUGGGACCAGGGGAGCGGCUCGUCGACGGUGGCGGAGUGGGGCCUCGUCUGCGGCGAGAGCUACAAGGUCGGCCUCGUCCAUGCUCUCUAUUUCGCCAGCGCCAUGAUCGGCGCUGGCGUCUUUGGACACUUAUCGGACUCUUCUCUGGGUCGGAAGGGAUCCCUCUUUGUGGUGUGCUCCCUCAAUGCCAUUUUUGGCCUCUUCACCGCGCUCUCUCCCAACUAUUGGGUCUACGUGGCCUUGCGCAUCCUCACAGGCUUCAGCGCCGGCAGCAUUUGCCUUUGCUCCUUCAUCCUUGCCACAGAGCCCGUAGGGCCCUCCUAUCGUGGCGUUGUUGGCAUGUCCACGUGUUAUUUCUUCUCCGGCGGCAUCGCGAUCCUCGCCGGCAUCGCCGCGAUGUUCCAGUCCUCCUGGCGCCUCCUCUAUGUCGUCACCUCCAUGCCCUCCCUCGCCUUCAUGCUCACCGUCAUGCCGUUUGUCUCUGAAUCCCCACGUUGGUACCUUGUGCGGAGGCGCGCAGAGGAUGCAAUGCGUGUCGUACGAGACAUUGCGUCCACCAAUGGAAAGAGCAUCCCAGAUGGCAUCACACUCAAGAUCGACGAUGAGGAUGAUAUCAACAAGAAGACCGAGGAGUCAUCGUCGUCGAUCCUAGAUGUGUUUUGGUCACGAACGACGCGGGGCAGGCUGGUGCUCUCAGUGCUCAUCAGUUUCCUUUGUUCGGUGGUAUACUACGGGCUGAGUCUCAAUGUGGUCAAUCUAAAGAUUAACCUUUACAUCAGUGUGGCUGUUAACUCUCUCGCCGAGAUGCCCGCAUUUCUUCUCACUACGAUGCUCCUCCAACACUUGGGUCGGAAGCCACUCGCCAUUGGCUCGAUGCUUCUCAGCGGUGUUUUCUGUACAUCUGCCAGUCUUAUUGCCGGCGUUGGUGCCAUGAGGGCGGUGAGGAUGGCAUGUGGGGUGGUAGGAAUCUUCGGAAUGGCCGCGACAUACAACCUAUUGGUUGUAUACACAGCAGAGUUGUUCCCUACGACAGUGCGUACCGCGGCGAUGGGAUGUACGUUACAAGCUUCCAAGAUGGGUGCCAUACUAGCACCCAUGGUAGUGUUACUUGGGGAGCGGAUGCCAUUCGCAGUGUUUGGCAUGUUGGGUAUCAUCGGUGGGCUACUCGUGUUCUGCCUCCCAGAGACUAUGCAUAAGCCAUUAUAUGAUACCAUGUUUGGAUUGGAGAAAGGAGAGGGAGAAUUUGUAACUAAAGGGGAAAUUAUAAGAGGAAACUCCGAAAUUUGA